AUGGCUACGGUGUGGAGUGACGCGACCGCAAGCGCUGGGAGUGGGUAUGUCGAGGGAAGCGAAAGACGACAUCGCCUCGGCAACACGUGUCCUCCCGACCCCAGCCGGGCUGCGUCACCACAGCAGCUCCGACCAGAAGCACACAGAGAAGGCAAGGCAUCACCACCAGCAGCAGCAGCAACUACACCGGGGGGGCACAGAUCGGCAGCUACGCCUUUCUCCAGCCGGCGAAGACGACGACCGGGCAACAACACCACCACCGCUGAAGAGAAAGACGGUACAACCACCACCCCGCAAGCAGGUCAAGCACCUUCAAUCAGUCCCACGCUUGUACCCCACGUCGGCGAUCGCCACGACCUGGAUGACGACGACAACGGCGGCGUAACCGGUGCCGGUACAGGGCUUCCAAUGGGCGCGGUGGGCGGCCUGUGGCGGAGCAGAGGGAGACAUCGAGAGCCAAGAGGCGCACCUCGGCGCCGGCACAGCGUUAACAGCACCGGCAGCGUCGGGAGCUUUGACUCCGACCGCUACUUCACGACGGCGGUGCGGUGUGACCGUUUCGGGUACCCUUUGCACGAGCGGGAGUGCCUGGGCAGCUACGGCGCCGGCGCCGGCCUCAGUGGCGGGCGAGGGCCUCGAUAUUCCCCCAUGAUCAAGGGCUUGCCAGACUUUUACGAGUCUCGGCCGAGGCGCCAGAGCCGCGAUGAUGAGUCCUUGGGGCGAAGAACCCACGGGAAUAACCGUGAGGCGCAAGCGGGUAGGUCGGCGUCGCUGUACCAAAGGACCACGGAGUGGCAGGCAAAGGCGAGCGAGGUCAGAGCACGCAAGCUUGCUCAGCGCGAAGAGCAGGAGCUAAAGGACUGCACUUUCCAGCCGAACGUGCCGCCGCGAGGGGCGCUUGUCCCCAGCAGCGUCACGAGGGUCGCCGAACCUAUCGGUAACGGUCAUGAUUGUGUCGGGACGAGCUCGAGUUGCAAGCCCGUAGAAAACGAUGACGUAGGGAACGGUAGUGUUGGGGAUGCCGGCGGUGGGGGUGGUGAUGGUGGUGUUGAUGCUGGUGGUACGUUUGGUGGCAGUGGAGGCGGCGCCGGUGGCUGUGGCGGUACUCACGGUGGUGAAGCAGGCGAAGGCACUGCCGUCGGUCCUAGGAGCGUAGAUAAAGAAACGCGCUCGUCAGUGAGCAGCAGGGGGGUCGCGGUUUCUCCUCCUUCGCAGGGUAGAGGGUGCCCGGGGAAUAAUGUGAUGCAGCGGCUUUUCGACGAGACCCGGCGGCUGGAUGAACGAAGGUUUGAGGGUCAGGAGAGGAAAAAUAUGGCGGCGGAGGAGGAAUACGCGCGCACGUGUACAUUUCAGGUGAGCCAAGCCCCGUCCUCGUGGGGGCAAAAAGCGGAAACAGGCGGCACCGGCUGA